AGAUUAGUAAGCUUUUCACCAUUUUUUCAUUAAAAAACGUUAAUUCACAAGAAUGAUUUCAACCUACUUUUCUUCUACAUAUUCGUACUUAGUUUACAGAAUAUUAAUAGCGAAAUAUUUAACCUUCUACAAAGUUUGAGAGACGGAACAUACGCGAAUUGGGCGGGGUAUAUAUACAGUGCCUUUUUCUUCUUCUACAAGCACUACCACUUUUGGCAUCAGAAAGAAAGAAAACAGUAUCAGUUCACUUUUUCAAAGGGCAAAAAACAGUGUAUUUGUCAUUACCAUUCGAUAAUAAUGGCGAAUGAACAAUCUGUUAUUGCAGUAAUACGGGCAGCAAGACCCACUUUCCGAAAUGCCCAUGAUAAGGCAGCCUUUGCUGUUCACGCUGCUUUCCUUGCUUCUGGGUUUGUUCUUCACGCUACUGGCCCUUCUGCUUCCGUCGAUGAUGCUCUUUCUUCCUCCUCCACUGAUGAGGUGGGAAUUGAUCAUUGGAAUGAAUUUGAGGAUAGUUAUGCAUUCGUGUAUUCACAGCCUGAGAAGAGCUCCAAAAAAGUGUUGGUGAAGUGCCUUGCAAUGAACAAUAAGCUGCUUAUAGAUACACUCAGGGAUGGCGAUAACGAGCCACUUUACCUUGAACUAAGUGUUGAGGACUACAUUGUUGAGGAUGGGGGAACUAACUACAACACCCAGUUCAAGAAUUUGGGAAAGCUGGUGGGAGAACUGAACAAAGCAAUCCUGACUAAAUAUACUGGUUCUCCUAUGCCAAAUUCCUCUACUCAAACUUCAAGUUCUGAAAAGAAAGGACUCAACGACCAGCCUAAUGUUGAACGCCAACCUGACUACCCAUAUCAGCCUGCUGGUUCUUUUCCCUCAGGAUAUGUCGUCCCUCCAGUUCCUGGUUUUGGUGGCGGUGAUCUUUUACCUGGGCCUGGUGCUGGAGUAUACCCGACCAGAGGCGGAUCAGGAGAUGGGAGCAUGCUUGUAGGGCCUGAUGACCCUAGAUUUGUUGGAGUGGGUGGGGACCCUCGUCUACCUGGAGGACUGCUGGGCGUUCCACCUGGUGCCCGUUUUGAUCCAUAUGGUCCACCAGGUAUUCCUGGCUUUGAGCCAGAUCGCUUUAUCAGGGGUCCAAGGAGGCCUGGAGACGGAGGUCGUCCUCAUCCAGAUCUGCCGCAUUUUGGGGGUGAUUCUGACUUUAUAUAGAGUAGUACCACUAUUAUAAGAGCUAAUUAACUCCCUCAAACACUAGUUUUCUGUCUCUUUUUUUGUAAUGUUGGUUUUGUAGACUGGAUUGAGUAUUUUGGUUUUACUCAACUGUGUAUAUAAGUUGUGCCAACUUUAAAUAUAUGUUAUAGUGUUGGUCAA